CUUCUGUGGCAGGGAAGACGAGCCGGAGAGAUGUCUGUUAGAGUCCAGCCCCUUGAGUGCACCACUGAUUGCAAGGACCAGAAUUUUGAUGGCUUAGUUUUGGUUGCGGAGGGCUAUGACAAGCUGCCCAAGGAGCUGGAAUGCCUGAAGGCUCCACUGGAAGACUACAGUGCAGUGGACUCUGGCCUAGGUGAAGAGGUGGUGGUCCUGAAAGUCCCUGGUCUCCCAGGCAACCGGCUGGUGUUUGCCUCCACUGGCCCGGUCAACCGGGACUAUGACGACAUCAGGCGCUUUAGCGAUGCAGCCAGCAACGGUAUCAAGAGGGCUAUGAAAGCUGGUCUUCAGCGCCCUCUCCUGUUGUGUCCGGCUCACAGCAGCUAUGAGAAGAGCACCCUGGUUGGUCUGCUGGGAGCCCUCCAAGCACUCUACCUGCCACUGGAGCUUCGUGAAGUGAGGAACUCCCCCCACAAGGUGGCAGUGCUGGGCGUGUGGGCUAGCGACCGGGAGAGGGGCAACAAGCUCAUUGAGCUGGCCACUGCACUGGAGAGUGGACGGCUGGUGUGUCGGGACAUUGGUGGCUCGGACCCGGAGCGCAUGGCAGCCCCUCGGGUGGCCGAAUAUUGCGAGGAGCUCUUCAAGAACAGCCCUGUGGAGGUGCAAGUGUUGAAGGAUGCUGGCUUGUUUGAGAAGGAGUACCCCUGCCUGGCUGCUGUCAACCGCUGUGCCAAUGCUGUGCCUCGUCACCAGGCCAGGGUGAUCAAGCUGCAGUACCGUGGAGAGGGCCAGGUCAAGCACACACUCAUGUUGGUCGGCAAGGGCAUCACCUAUGACACCGGUGGAGCUGACAUCAAGGCUGGAGGGGUGAUGGCCGGCAUGCACAGAGACAAGUGCGGAGCUGCAGCCGUGGCCGGCUUCUUUGAGGUGCUCGCCAAACUCAAGCCCAAAAAUCUGAAGGUGGUGGGAGCCAUGGCCAUGGUACGCAACAGCGUGGGCUCAGACUGCUAUGUAGCAGAUGAGCUGGUGGUGUCCCGUGCCGGUCGGCGUGUGCGUGUGGGCAACACUGAUGCUGAGGGCCGCAUGGUCAUGGUGGACCUGCUCUGUGAGAUGAAGGAACAGGCUGUGAAAGAGGAGUGUCCACAGUUGUUUACCAUCGCCACCCUGACUGGACAUGCCAUCCGUGCCAUGGGGCCCAACUACUCCAUCAUCAUGGACAAUGGAGCUGCCCACCGCUCUGGAACCGCCCAGAAGAUGCAGACAGCGGGUGACCAGCUGGGCGAUGUGUUCGAGGUGUCCCGCAUCCGGCGUGAGGACUACGAGGCCCACCGCGGCAAGUCUGAGUAUGAGGAGAUCCUGCAGGCCAACAACCUGCCGUCCACCAUGACGCCCCGCGGACACCAGACGCCCUCCGCCUUCCUCAUCAUGGCCUCCGGCCUGGACAAGCAUGGAGUGGACUCGGACGUGCCGCUGCCUUACUCCCACAUCGACAUCGCAGGCUCUUCCGGUCCCUUCCCUGGUGUCCCCACAGGGGCGCCCAUCCUGGCCUUCGCUAGCAGCUACAUCCUGCAGGAAGACUGAGCUCUCCAGUGGAGUGGGGCCGACCCUGUGGACCCCACGUGAAGCUCUCAGGGGGCCCAUGGUUUAGUGACAUACCUAGCAACGUCAACUCGCACAAUUUCCCAAUGUCAAGUUUAUGAGCCUUGGUAGUGUGUCAGCCUAAUUAGUCAUGCCCAGUGAUUGGAUACUCUUUAGUGAACUACGGAGUAUCCAAUCACUGGACGUGAUUACGAAGGCUGACAAACUUCGAGGGACGCACGCUAGACAUUGGGAAACGCCCUCAGUUCAGUUGUGGUCGCGUUUGACAUACGACAUGCUGCGCAUAUUGAGUGCCUAUCAGAGUGCAAUGUAAUUUUGCAGUGCGCCGUCAUGAACGAGCCCACUGACUCUCCUGCAAAAGCUAUGCAGUAUCUCAAUCCCCUGGCAAAGCCACGUUUUGCUAGUAGUAGUCCAACACCAUGCUUGAGUAGACUUUGCACAGGUGCGUCACUUUACCGUCUGCUUCAAACAAGCCCCAUUGCAGCACAAACCCCACCCCACUCGACCAAAGGCCGUGCCGUGGCAUUCCCAUCCAUUCAUACACAACAACCAAGCCUCCGCUACAUCAUUUUAGACACCCAGUUGCACUUGCAUAUCCAGGUAUAAAAGUACUCUUUCCCUCCAGAAAUCCAUCAAGGCCCUGUGUUGAGCCAUCCAUCCAGUUAACUUUGUGUCCAACGACAGAGCAGACAGUUUCCAAUCACUCCAUCCUUCUUACUGUGCGUCGCUCCCAUGUUGGCCAUUAGCAACAGGCCUGAAGUUCCGUCCACUGAUGACUCCGAGCCAUUAAAUAAGAUGUUGGUCUGAUUUUUACGUGGUAGAUUUGAGUGGCUUCAUUCAAUGUCUUCUGUACCUCAAAAGAUAAUGUAUUGUGUUUUUGACCAUUUUUCUUUGAACAUACUAGAAUCACACGGUCCAUAAAUUCUGCAAGAACGAACUGCCAUUUUAAAUGAAGCUAUUCACUCUGGGAAUAAAAGUUGAACGAGGUACACAGGAUGUGUGCAUAGUUUUGUAUGGUGUUUGGGUGUCUGCACUGUAGAAACAUUUCUUGGUUCUCCAAAUAAAAGCAAGAUUUAUACA